AUGGAACUCAGGAACAUCAUCCCGCACGCGCUCCCGGACUGCCUUGAGGUGAUAAAAUCUCUUCGGCUCCUGCGCCGUCCACCCUACGUGCAUCGGGCUACCAGGCAUAAGUUUGUUUACCUGGCUACAACUAUGGCUGUGCCGGCCGUCAGGGCAAACUCACUUCGGCGACGCCAUAGACCUGGGCCACGCCCACCACCUGUCCUUCUGAGCCCCCUGGUUAGUGUGGCGGCCAAUACUGUGUCUGCUAUCACAGUGCCUCCAUUUGCCUCUUUUAUGCUACUGAAUGUUCGCUCACUCAACAACAAGGCCUUACUCCUCCACGAAAUAAUUCUGGAUAAAACUUUGGACUUUCUCUGCCUGACUGAAACAUGGCAGAAUCCCCAUGAAUUUAUCACACUCAAUCAAGCCACUCCCUCUGGAUAUUCCUACAUCCAAAAGCCUCGCAGCUGCGGCCGUGGUGGCGGCCUGGCUGUUAUACACCGCACUGACAUCCUGUUAAAAGAAAUCCCAGUCACAACAUCAUCAUUUGAGUGCCUCCACUUCACGCUGUCUGGUGCCACACAGCUCCAGGUGGUUCUUGUCUACCGCCCCCCGAAAGCCUCCUCCUGCUUUCUACAGGAGUUCUCGGACCUGCUGGCCUCGGUCUGCCCCAUGUCCCCAGCUACUCUCAUACUGGGUGACUUUAACAUCCAUGUAGACUCCAGCAGCUGUUCCUUCGCUGUGGAUUUCUUCUCACUGUUGGACUGCUUUGACAUUAAACAACAUGUACAGGGCCCUACACAUGCCAAGGGGCACACCCUGGACCUGGUGUGCUGUGUUGGCCUAAGCCCCUCCCAUCUCUGCUGCACGGACCCGGCUGUCUCCGACCAUCAAGCCAUCCUGUUCUCUGUCCCAGUGUCCCUCCCUAAGCAGCCUACAAAAAGGUCUAUCACAUACAGGAACACAAAGCGUGUGUGUAUACCUACGCUGGCUAACACCCUAGCUGCCAACCUCGCUAUCCACCCCUCUAACCGCACUGCCGACGGCUUGGUGGAACACUAUAACAGCGCCCUCGCCCUCAGCCUCGACUCUGUUGCUCCACUCACCACCAAACUGGUCUCCUACACCCGCCUCGCUCCCUGGUUUACCCCAGAGCUGCGGAGGCUUAAGUCCAUGGGGCGCCGGCUUGUGAGGCUUCACAAAAGAUCCGGCCUCACUGUCCACCUCGAAGCCUACAGAGACCACAUCAAGUGCUACAAAGAGGCUCUCACCCAGGCAAAAACACUCCAUUACUCCACACUUAUAAACAGCCAACAAAAGCAUCCGAAAAUGCUUUUCUCCACCAUCAACCGCCUUCUUGACCCUCCCGACGCUCCCCAACCCUCUGAUGCCGCUGACCUCUGCUCCAGGUUCCUGGACUUUUUCUACCAGAAAGUGGCCAUCAUCCACCGGCAGCUCCAGGCAUCCACACCCUCCCCACCGGCCACACUACCUCGGCAGGACAUGUACCAUCCUUCCGCCUGCCCACCACAGCGCCGCCUCUCCACCUUCUCCCUGCCUGUCUCCCCACCAUUUGCCCCCCGGUGGUUGAACGCCUCACUUGGCUCUGGUGUGGUACCCUCCAGCUUUAAGUUGGCGGCCGUGACCCCAACACUCAAAAAGACAGGCCUGGACCCAGAUGACCCCAACAACUACCGUCCGAUCUCCAACCUUCCUUUCCUGAGCAAGAUCUUGGAAAGAGCAGUGGCUGCCCAGCUACAACAUCACAUGUCCCACCAUGAGCUCUUUGAACCUCUCCAAUCGGGCUUCAGACCCCAUCAUAGUACCGAAACCGCCCUCAUCAAAAUAACAAACGACCUCCUGAUUGCUGCAGACAACGGCCUUGUUUCCAUCCUCAUUCUCCUCGACCUCUCUGCUGCCUUCGAUACCAUUUCCCACUCCAUCCUCCUCUCCCGUCUCUCUGAGCUCAUCGGCCUUACCGACACUGCUCUCUCUUGGUUCCAGUCUUACCUCUCCAACCGUAAACAAUACAUCACUCUGCAAGGCUCCUACUCCACCACUGCAACAGUUAACCAUGGCGUCCCCCAGGGAUCUGUCCUUGGCCCCCUCCUCUUUACCAUCUACUUGCUCCCCCUCGGUCAGAUCAUCCGCAACCAUGGACUCAGUUUCCACUGCUAUGCAGACGACACCCAACUGUAUGUCAGCACCAAGCCCUCCUCACAACUCCCACCAAUACAACUCAACAACUGUCUGCAUGAUAUCAAAACCUGGAUGACCAACAACCUUCUGAAACUCAACACCAACAAGACAGAGCUCAUGGUGGUGGCCCCAGCACCACUGCUCAGGAAGGUUGGAGACCUCACCCUGGUCAUCGACGGCUGUCCCACCUCCCCAUCUCCCAAAGUGCGGAACCUGGGCGUCAUUAUGGACUCCACACUCUCAUUCAGUUUCCACAUCCAGAGCAUCACCAAAUCUGCCUUCUUUCACCUCCGUAACAUUUCAAGACUCCGGCCGUCACUCACCGACUCAGUCACCGAAACUCUCAUUCAUGCAUUUGUCACCUCCCGUCUGGACUACUGCAAUGGUGUCCUGUCUGGGCUGCCCAACAAAGCCCUAGACAGAUUGCAGUAUGUCCAGAACUCAGCUGCCAGGGUGUUAACCCACACCAAGCCCUGGCAGCACAUCACCCCCAUCCUUAAGAAACUCCACUGGCUGCCAAUCAAGCAACGCAUCAGCUACAAAAUCCUCCUCCUCACCUACAAAUCACUUCACUCACUGGCCCCCAAGUACAUCACUGACCUCCUCCACCCGUACACCCAGUCACGGUCCCUGCGCUCCACCAGCAAGGACUUACUCUCCACUCCCCGCACCAGACUCAAGACCUUUGGUGGCAGGGCUUUCUGUGCAAUUGCCCCAACCCUUUGGAACACCCUGCCCCCUCCUAUCCGUUCCGUCACUUCUCUGACACAAACGCCCAGCCUGCCACGGCCGCCACCAGCCUCUUUGGUUACCACGGCCACCACCACCGUUGCUGCCACCACCUCCGGACACUGCAAAACCCGCACCGUGCUGCCAUUUGUUCAGGACGGGGCAGAGCGGACAUGGAGUGGUAGACUGUUCCAGAGUGUGGGAGCGUUGGCAGAGAAAGCCCUGUCCCCAAAAGUCUGCAACCUGGUGCGGGGGGUGGCCAGCAGGUCCUUGUCAGAGGACCGCAGGGAGCGUGACUGA